AUGGCCUUGACUCGAUCGUCAUGGGCGGCUGCCGUGUUAGAGAGGAACCAAGCGGAAUGGCUGCUGGUGUCUGGCGACGGCAACAUGAGCAGGCAUGUGGGAGGGUGGGGACAAGGGUUGCUUGCUCGCGCGUUGGAAGGUCAAGUUGUUUUGUGCAACGACGUCAAUGCAGAACCUCGCUACGUGUCCCAGAAGGACUGCAAAGGACGAGGAAGCUCGAAGGAAGAGCCGACAUGUAUGCUGGUUGUUCCUCUCAUGGACGAGGACGGGGACUGCAUCGGGGCCCUCCAGGUGGCGGGGAGCAAGGGCAAGAAGUUCAGUAAGGAAGAUGUAGCUGUACUUCAGCUCAUUGCACUGAAACUUGUGUGCGUCCUUGAGAACUGUCACUUCAAUCACAAACACAAGUCUGCCCUUGACCUUGGGGCGACGCAACCGACCAACUUGCAUGUUGAGCUGCGAACAAUGCUCAAGGCGUGCGAGGGUGAUCGGGCCAGCAUGACGUCGACAGUUGAGCGUCACAUCACCUCAGUGGUCAACUGCCAGCAUGUCCACAUCCGCCUCCAUCACAAGAGAAGCGGAGAAGCACCAGACUAUCUGACUGACGGCAGCAGCAGCCUCGGGCCCUUGGCGACAGAGAGCACCAGGGCUGACGUAGAGCUGACAAGCAUCUCAGUUCCGUUUGGGGCUCAUCUCAGCAAGAGAAGCGUGGAAGAGGCGGCAGCACGCGGGUCGCGCUGCUUUGGAAGCAUCUGUGGCGCGCGAGAUUUCAGCUCGGCGUCUGCUGAGUUCGUCUGCUGGGUGGAGGAGAGCCUGGACGCGCAGGGCGGGGUGAUACGUAGGAGGGGAACGUCGGAGUAUGAGAUGUACGUCAAUGGCAGGACGAGCCUCGUGAAGGAUGGUCAGCGGUGGAGAUCACGGAUGGUGGAAGUGGUUAUGGAGACAGGGGAAGCCCUCGUAGCGGACAGAGUCUGGAAGGAGGAGGAGACUAGAACAAGGAGGGGAGGGGAGGAGGAAGAGGAGGAGGAGGAGGAGGACUUGUUGUUGUGGUAUGAGACAGACAACAAGCGUCUCGCCUCCUGCAUCCUCUGCGUUCCUCUACUCAACUGGAGUACUCGAGAAGUGGAGGGGGUCGCCUUUGCUCGGAGGUUCUCCAAGGCGAAGUUUGCGCAAGAAGAGAAGCAAGUGGUGGAGAGCAUGACCCUCGCGCUCUCCUGCCACCUGCUGCUCUCUCUCCGAGUCGCUGCCUGCGCUCGCUCUUCGAUGCAACAGCAGCGUUUUAGAAGCUUUGCAAGGGAGCUGACGACGAUGUUCAGGGAGGUAGAUGCCAAGAAGCUCCUGCACACCUCUUCCUUGACGCUGUCAAACCUGCUCGAUGCUGAGCAAUGCCACAUCUUCUCUGUGGAUCGCAAGUCGAACGAGGUCGCAGGGCAGGGGACCGUCACGAUGCCCAAAGACGAAGGACUCUUCGCUCAGGUUCUCAAGUCCAAGAAGUCGCUCACGGUCCAGCCCGACCCAGCACGACCCUCAGCUGCCAGGGCGAUGAUCUUGUACCCGGUCGUGAGCAGCAAGCACAAGGUCCUGGCGAUCAUCCAGCUGACCUCCAAGGAGAGCGCUGGCGCUGGAGCAAUGCUCGAGAUCCUCCACGGCGAGACGAAGCUGAGAAAACGCGAGUGGCUGAUGUUGGCUGAGCAGGAGCUGGGCGACCAACUGAGCCUUCCGAUCGAUGCAGCUGAGAAGGUGAUGCGCCGGCAGAUGCAGAGGAGGGUGAAGGAGAAGCUCAGCUGCAGAGCUGCCGUCGUGUACAAGUUCGACCCCAACUGGAAGCAGCUGACCUGCCUGGACCCCGUGGGAGUCUUGAGACGAGUCAGCAGCGUCAAGGGGAUCGUGGGCCACGUGUUCCAGACAGGGGAGAUGGUGUCGUCCGACGACCCGCUGUCGGUCCCGCACUUCCAUGCUGAUGCCGACAAGCCGCUCGAGGAAGACGUCAAGACGCUACUGUGCUCAGCUCUGCUGGACCGAGCUGGGAAUCACGUGGGGGUGAUGUUGGCGGUGAACAAGAGCAACGGGAAGUUCUCCUUCAAACAGUCCAAGUUCGAAGACGCACGUCAGGCCGUCAGAGCCGAUGGCGCCUUCUUGCACGCCAUUGGCCGCUUGUCCGGCUUGACGUCCCUCAACGAGUUCCUCGCUGAGUUGCGGCAGCACGUGAAGCAGCUCAUGGCCUGCUCGGCCUGCUCCUCCUACCUGCUGGAUCGCGACAUGGCAAGCUUCUUCACCGUCGACGCCGGCGGCAACGAGUGUCGCAUCCCCAGCAGCCCCGACACCGUCAUAGGUCACGUGGCCCUCAAGCAGACCCUCGUCCGCGUCGCCGACCUCCACAAGGCUCCGCGUCAGCUGGGAGUGAGCUGGGCUGGUGGCAGGUGCGUGAGAGCCAAGGAGGAGGAGGAGUUCUCCCCCCACGACGAGCUGCUCCUCGAAGAUUUCAUCCGCGUCGUCGUGGUCGAGACCCUCAGGAGCGUCGAGAGGAACGUCAGACUGCUGGAUCUCCAGCAGCUGCCGCAGACUCUGCUGGCCCUCACCUACCAUCAUCGAGACGCCUUCAGCUUCUUCGAGAGCGCAAAGUCGACGCUGCGGGAGGCGCUGGACUGCGAGCGGGUGAAUCUCUUCCUCGUGGACCCGGAGCAGCAGACGGUCAGGCUCGACCAAGGCCUCGGGUACUCGGAUGAGGUGGCGCAGUUGGAGGCGCAGGUCAGAGCAGCGGAGAAGGCAGCAGAGGAGGAGAGCGAGAGGAGGGAGCUGAAGCUGAAGCUGGGACAUGCUCGCCGGAUGCAAGAAGAGCUGCAGGGAACGUUCGUCUCGUUCCCCAUCGGGCAGGGAGUGGCCGGUCGAGCAGCGACACGUCAGGGAGUGACGAACUUUAGCAGCGUCGAGCAUGAGAAGUUGCAGGAGGUCGAGAAAGUCUCCAUCCUGGGGAAGCCUUGUCGCAACAUGCUGUGCUGCCGAGCUGUCGACGGCUGCGAGCGAGUUGUUGCGGUUGUGCAGGCGAUCAACAAGAGAGCAGGAGUGUUCUCCCAGGCUGACGCCUCCCUCCUGGCCUCCCUCUCUCCCCAACUCGCAGCUUCUGUGGCAGAGGCAGCUCAUGCUCAGCAGCUCGAGCAUGGCAGGAGCCGCUUCAUGGACUUGAGCCGCAUGGCAGUCGACAGUCUGGCCUGCUUGGACGAGACUUCGCUCUGUGAGCUGGUCUUGAGCUGGGGCCCUCGGGUCACAGGCGCUCACACGUGCAAGCUGUGGGUGUAUGACAGCAAGGAGGGCCUCCUGGCCUCCAGCUCGGCCUCGCAUGGGCGGCGGAGUCUGAGCCUAGACGAGCACUCGGCGACGGCCAUCGGACAAGCCGCCUUGUCAGGCGAGCGACAGCUGGGCCAGGUGGAGGGCGGCAGGCGUGUACAGUACGAGCCCGUUAAGUCAGGCACACGAACCGUCGGGGUGCUGGAGCUGCGAAUGAGCAGGAGCACAGAGAGCGAGGACGAGAAGGAGGCGGUGGAGAUUCUGAUACGAAUGAUCGCAAACGCACUUGAAAGGCUCAGCCCGACAGAAACUUGA